GAUAAGGGACAGCUUGGGGACAGUCAAAGGCAGAAGGACACUGGAUACUGACUCAUAAACCUCAGAUUCAGAGAAUUGAGGUGGGGUCCUCUGUGCUGGAGUAGCGGAGGUAUGUUGGGGGUGGGCAGCAGCAGGUGACGUCACCUGAGGCCCCAGGUUGCCCAAGGCCUAGGCAACAGACUUGUCGCGUGAUCCUCAUGCGCCAAUGGCUCAGCGGUCUCCCAGGCGACGCGGAGGGUCCGCGCUUCAGCGCCACAGCACCCCCGCCCCAAGUCCGCACUGCAGAGAGCGGUGGCGAGCCCGCGCCAGCGCAUUGGACGACGUGCGGGACCAGAGGGCCGGAAGAGCAAGGAAGCUGGCAAGAGACCCUGGAAAGGAAUGGUGUCCGACCCCACCUCCUCUCUGAGCAGUCUUGGAACCUCACUGCGGCAGUGAAUGAGGAAGCAUCUUGACCUAAGAGACUCUUGGAGGCCUGGGAGGGCUACGGAUCUGGAAUUUGCCCCAGAUUUGUGUGCAUCACACCCUAAUCACUCCCUACAUUAGAAUCUCUUGAAGUUGGAGCCAUGCCAUUGAACCUGUUGCAGGACUGGUGUAGGGGGGAGCAUCUGAACACCCAGAGGUCUAUGCUGAUCCUGGGGAUUCCUGAGGACUGUAGUGAGGAUGAAUUUGAGGAGACUCUGCACGAAGCUCUCAGGCAUCUGGGAAGAUAUAGGAUCAUUGGCAGGAUGUUUAGGAGGGAGGAGAACGCCCAGGCCUUUCUGGUGGAACUUGCACGUGAUUUUGACUAUGCGUUGGUACCCAGGGAAAUACAAGGAAAGGGUGGGCCCUGGGAAGUGAUUGUGAAACCUCCUAAUUCAGAUGAUGAAUUUCUCAAUAGACUGAACCACUUCUUAGAGGAAGAGAGACGCUCAGUAUCAGACCUAAACAGGCUCCUUGGGACAUACUCUAAUUAUUCACCUAACAAAGCAGCGAUAUCAGCAGAUUUCUGGGCCUGGGCUCAAACUCUCGGUGCAGUGAUGCAGCCUCUGCUAGAACAGAUGCUGUACCGAGAACUAAGAGUCUUUUCUGGGAACACAGCAUCAGUCCCAGGGUUAUUGGCCUUUGAUUCCUGGCUUGAGCACACCACUGAGAUGUUACAGAUGUGGCAGGUACCUGAGGUGGAGAAGAGGCGGAGGCUGAUGGAAUGCUUGCAAGGCCCUGCUCUACAAGUGGUCAAUGUGCUCCGUGCCAACAACGCUGCCGUCACAGUGAAGGAGUGCCUGGAGGCCCUGCGCCAGGUAUUUGGGCCCGUGGAGAGCCGCAGAAUGGCCCAGAUGAAAUUUUGUAAGGCUUAUCAGGAGCCAGGAGAGACAGUUUCUAGCUUUGUGGUCCGUUUGGAAACCCUGCUCCAAAAAGCCCUAGAGAAAAGGGCAAUAGCACGAAGGAACGUGAAUCAGACCCGCCUUAAACGAAUCUUAGGUGGGGCCAUCCUUACUGGAAAACUUCGAGAGAAACUUAAGCUAAUGAAACAGCGUCGGAAGCCACCUGGUUUUCUGGCCCUGGUGAGGUUUUUUCGUGAGGAGGAGGAGUGGGAAGCUACUAGGGGGGCAGAGAAUAGCUGCCCACAGGGGCUGGAAAUAGGCAGGGAGAGGGCACUGUUUGUUCCUGCCUUUGACAGUGGUCUUGAGAAAAGAUCUUACCAGGGUUCCCGUCGCCGGAGGGGCAGAGGCCAGCACCGAAGGGGAGGUGUGCCCAGAGAUAGAGCUCAAGGUGCAAGAAAGCGGAAUUAUGACACAUUCUGCUACAGUUGCGGGGAAGAAGGCCACAUUAGAGUACACUGCUUGAACCCAUCCAACCGGACCUUAGUGAAGCAGAAGAGACGGGCUGCAAUGGAGAUGGGAAACGGGGCCUGGGCUUGGGAGAAGAGCCACCCCAAGCCCAAGACCAAGUAGGCUCCAGGGAACAGGGUAACCACUGUUCCCGUAAGCCAAGGAGACAAAAAAGAUGUUUGAAGGAGGGGAAAGAACAGUUCAGAGAAAUGGCAGGGGACCUUAGUAAGAUACAAUGGCAACAUAACCAGGCACAAGUUAAGUUCCCUAAGCCAAUGCCAGCUGGAGAAAACUCUAACAAGCAAAAGUACACCACAUUCAGCUCAGUAAUGAGCAGAUGCAAGGCUCCUAGGAUGUACCAUAGGAGGAAGCCAGGAGCUGCUGCAGCUGCAUGGAGCCACAAGGACUCAGAUGGGGACAUCAGGAAAGCAGAGCCAGAAGAUAGGAAGGCUGUGGCUCUAAGAAACCUAGCAACUUCCAGUCCCCACGGGGUGUGGAGGCUGUCCUGGCCAGAGAGAACCAAUGCCUGGGGAGAAGUGCAGCAAGGCCGGGAGACAGUGCUCCGGAGAGGAGGCCGCAGGAUCCAGCCCGUCUUCAGGAUCAUCUACACUGCUCUAGGGGAGCCUCAUGAGGGCAGCAUCCUUGAGUCCUUUCGUGAGUGAAACACCAGGGUCCCUGAACCCAAAGGCCCCGGGACACCAGUGUCAACCCGGAGGCAGAUCCUAUCUUGGCACCCUGGCAGGACUGUGAGUAGGGGGAAGACAGCAGUGUCCAAAAAGAUCCCCGGGCUGGGGGUGCGUACCCAGCACCAUAAGGUUUGUGCCCUCAGCUGGUCUGAGAGCCCGUGAGUGUGCAGGACAGAUUGGUGUGAACUAGGAGGAAGAGCAGCAGCAGGAGGGCUUGGUGGGGCGGUAGUUUGUUCUGCUCUCUUUUGUCCAGGGCUGCUGGAGAAUUCCAGAGAGCUAGCAAGGAGAGCCUGGUGAAUACAACUCGGCAGGCAGCUGCCACGGCUGGCCCCCAACCCUGCCGACCUGAGAGGGUGGCCUGGCGCUGCUGCCGAGGUGCCAUCCUCCAUCUGCCACCCAUACCAGACGGGUGGAAGUUACAGAAGAGGCCGCCUCAAGGGUUCUUUCUGCCUGGCUCUCCCAACACGGAUGCCCCCUCCCCAUUGCUAUCCGGAGGGAGGCUACUCCUGCCUCUGGAACCCCCCCCCCCUCUUAUCUGCUAACCUCAUAGUGACCCACUCGGCUGUCCACCGGGUCCUUUUCCCCCUUGAGUGCUCAUCCCCCACCCGUUGCUUCUGUACCAAGCUGUGAGUGAAGUGUGUGUUAACUUGAGCAGCUGGAGGCCCUGACUACCUGGUCAGUGGCCCCUACUCCCUGGCACGUGUUGUGAGCUUCUGUGAGCUGCUUUGCCAGCCAAGGCUGCCUAACUCCCCUCCCACCGGUGUUGUGAACACUCCUCGUCUGCUUUCCCGGUGUACAUCUAGGCCAGCUGCCCGAUGCUUGCUCUCCUGCAGAUGUGUGGGUGUUCUUACCCGAUCGAGUGCUCCCCAGAACCCCCAGGCCCAGUCCUGGAUGCCAGCCGGAAGCAAGGAUGUCGACAAGGGACUGGUUGACUCUCUUAUGACUGACUUCAAUCUGGAGCAGACAGGAAGACCUGAACUGGAGAUGGGUGGGACCUGGGGACUGUGCUGUAAUGUUCCACUCCUGUCGUUACUUGUGACUAUGUUUCCCAGGCUUGAUGGAAUAUUCCUUGCUGUGCUUUGCAGUGUCCUGUGACUAUCUUGUACCAGAAUAUGACAGGGCCACCCUACAGUGGGCAAUUCCUUGUAAGGGUUCACCAAAGGCUGAGUGGAUUGCAAGAGGUAGUUCUUGGGCCCUUGGGAAGGGAGAAAAUAACAGAGGGAUCCCAGAGUGUUUGGUCCUUUGGAGGAGCUCCAUGGGGGUGGUCCAGAACCUGUGUUGCUUCUAGUGCUGUGGAGCAUUUGUGUUCUCAUCUCUUUCUCUUCAAGAUAUUUAGUAAAUGUCUCUGUUCAAUAAACUUAAUAUAUGUUC